CCCUCCUAGUUCCACACAUUUUUUUGACGAACGCUCAUAGCAAGCCUUUACGAUAUGGGAACUAUUCCUGUUAUCGAUUUUAGUCUGUUUACCUCUGAUCCCAAGGAAUGUGCGCGGCAGAUCGGUGAGGCUAGUAAAGACAUUGGGUUCUUCUAUAUUAAGAACCAUGGUGUCUGUCAAGACUUGAUCGACCGCUUGUUCAGCUGUAGCAAGCGAUUCUUCCAGCAACCACUCGAAAGCAAGAAUCGAUACCUCAUGAAGGACUUAGUCCAUGGAUAUUCCCCAAUAAAUGCCGAAACCUUGGAUCUCGAGAAUCAGCGUCAAGGUGAUUUGAAAGAAACUUUCGAUAUUAUGAAGCAUACAAUGAAUGAAGAGUCAACAAAGUACUUUGUUCAAGGUGACGUGGCAGAGCAGGAGAAGGUUGUCAAUUUCUACAAGACCCUCCAUCGCCUCGCUAAUAAUAUUCUGCAAUGCUUUGCUAUCGCAUUGGAAAUACCUGAAAGUGCGGGGGGCCGAUAUUUCUUUGACAAUAGCCAUCAAUUGGAAUCCCCUUGUCUCACUGAUCUUCGGUUCCUACAUUACCCUCCACAGAGUUGUGAUCCAGAAACGCCUUUAUGUGGAAGUCAUACCGAUUAUGGCUCUGUCUCGCUUUUGAUACAGAAGGAUGUUGGUGGACUUGAAGUUCAAGCAUCUAGGACUCAUAAAGAUGUACCUUGGAUACCAGUGCCUGUAAUCCCUAAUGCCAUUCUGGUUAACAUCGGAGAUCAUCUCCAGAUGUGGACUAAUGGUUUGCUAAAGUCUACCAAGCACAGAGUUACUUAUGAUCCUCAGCAGCAUUAUCGUCCACGCUACUCGACCGGCUUUUUCCUUUUUGCCAAUGCCGACACCAAGUUGGAUCCUAUUCCUUCACCCCUCAUCACACAGGAAAUGAGGGCUGAGGCUGUGGAGUUUGAGGAAGGCCGAAAUAUGACUGCAGGGGAGUAUGUGGCAUGGAGAAUAAAGCGAACAUACGCUUAGGAUCAUUGUAUCAGAUAGAAUGCUAGGGCUUUUCACGCCCAAUAAAAGAAAAUAGGUC